GUCAGAACAGCAGCUACUAGGAUCAGAAAACUUACCCAGGGAUCCAAAUCAGCCUCAAGCUACGCUUCAGAGUUUCGUCAAAUCUCUAGUGACCUGGAUUGGGGCGAAGCGGCAUUAAUCGAUCAAUUUCGAAUUGGGCUUAAAAACGAUGUGAAAGACCUAUUACUUACCAUGGAAGAUCCUACAUCGUUGAACGAUGCAAUAGCUAAGGCGGUACGCUGCGAUAACAGAUUGUUUGAGCGACGUCGUGAACGACAAGGUCAUAGUUUAGAUCGAGGUGAUUCAGUAUCCAAUUAUAGUAGAUCCAGUUUAACCCCAGAGCCAAUGCAAAUCGACUCAACAAGGGCAAGAACUCUUUCAGAAGAAGAAAAGCAGAGACGAUGGGCCAAUAACUUCUGCCUAUACUGUGGCGAACCUGGGCAUAUAGCUAAGAAACUCGGGAAAAGAGGAGCCCCAACUGCAGUAAGGGUAUUCAUACAACUUUCGAACAAAUCCAUGUUGCCCGUCAAUGCAUUAAUAGACUCCGGAGCUUCGGCUUGUUUCCUCGAUUAUACGUUGGCACACAAAUACAACUUACCUAUCAAUACUAAAAGAACACCGCUGUCAGUAGAAGUAAUAGAUGGACGAGAAAUAUCGUCUGGAGCAGUUAUACAUGAGACCGGGCCAUUGCUGCUGUGUUAUCAGAACCAUUACGAAGAAAUCAUAUUUAACCUGAUUCAAACGCCGCACUAUCAAGUCAUUCUGGGACUACCAUGGUUAAUCCACCACAACCCUAACAUUAAUUGGCGUGAGCAUACACUAAAAUUUCCAGAUGCAGAUUGUAACCUACAUCUUCAAUACCCAUUGACAAAACAACCAACAACCCACAUCAGUACAUCAGAAAGAGUCUUCUUGGCUCAAGCUUUCCACGUAGCCUCUGUAAGAGGGGAUUCCGUUACCGCUACCCUGACACUCCCAACAAAAUAUAAUGAUUUUAGUGAUGUAUUUGAUGAAAAAGAGGCGAAUAGGUUACCAGAGCACAGGCCCUAUGACUGUGCCAUAGACUUAGUACCUGGAAAACAGCCUCCAUGGGGGCCUAUAUAUGGACUGUCAGAAUUAGAAUUAGAAACACUGAAAAA